UUGAUGCUCAGCUUUAAAAGCAGUGCUUUCCUGACAAGCCAGACAGAAGAACUCAGAGCCAAGGCAGCUGAGAACUUGUCUCCUGGCUACAGAGCCCACACAGAGGUUAACAUGGCAUCAGAAUCCACUGUGAUGGCCCCCAUUUGUCUAGUGGAAAAUGAGAAAGAGAAGCUGAUGGUGAACCCUGAAGCAGUCAAGGUUCUUGAAGCGAUUACACAGCUUGUGGUGGUGGUGGCCAUUGUAGGAAUGUAUCGUACAGGAAAAUCCUACCUGAUGAACCGCCUGGCAGGACACAACCAAGGUUUCCCUGUGGGCAGAACAGUGAGACCUCAAACAAAAGGCAUCUGGAUGUCGUGUGUGACGCACCCAAUGAAACCAAAUUUCACCUUGGUCCUUCUGGACACUGAGGGUCUGGGUAAUGUGGAGAAGGGUAAUCCUAAGAAUGACUCAUGGAUCUUUGCCUUGUCCAUUCUACUCAGCAGCACCUUUGUCUACAACAGUAUGGAAACCAUCAACCAGCAAGCCCUGGAGCAGCUGUCCUAUGUAACUGAACUAAGAGAGCUAAUCAGGGUAAAGUCCACUAAGAAGUCUGAUGAAAUGGAUGACUCUGAUGAAUUUGUGAGUUUCUUUCCAGACUUUGUCUGGGCUGUUCGGGAUUUCAUUCUGGAGCUGAAGUUAAAUGGCCAGCCCAUCACAGAGGAUGAAUACCUAGAGAAUGCCUUAAAGUUUAUUCCAGGUAUGAGUUUGAAAAUCCAGAAUGCCAAUGUGCUUAAGGAGUGUAUCAAGCAUUUCUUUCGAAAACGCAAAUGUUUUGUCUUUGAUAGACCUACAAAAGAAAAAAAACUCUUAGCUUAUAUUGAAGGCUUGCCAGAAGACCUGAUGGAUUUCACUUUCCAAGUACAAUCCAAAAACUUCUGUUCCUACAUCUUUGCCAAUGCAAAACCCAAGACUUUAAGAGAGGGAAUUAUUGUCACUGGGAAACGACUGGGGACUCUGGUGGAGACUUAUGUCAGUGCUAUCAACAGUGGAGCAGUGCCAUGAUUGGAAAACGCUGUGACUACCCUGGCCCAGUGAGAGAACUCAGCAACUGUGCAGAAGGCAGCCGACCACUACAGCCAGCACAUGGCUCAGCAAUUGAGGCUCCCCACUGAGGACUUCCAAGAGCUGUUGGAUGUGCAUGCGGCCUGUGAAAGAGAAGCCAUCGCAGUCUUCAUGGAGUUAUCAUUCAAGGAUGACAAGUGGGAGUUUCAAAAGGAUCUGAUGAACACCAUAGAGAGAAAGAAGGAAGAUUUCAUCCAACAGAAUGAAGAUGCAUCUGUUAAAUACUGCCAGAUGGAGCUGGAGAAAAUUUCCCAGUCUUUAAUAGAAAGCAUUUCCAAUGGCACUUUCUCUAUACCUGGAGGGCAUAAUCUCUACCUGGAAGGCAAGAAGAAGGUUGAGCAGGACUACAAGCUAGUUUCCAGGAGAGGGGUGAAGGCAAAUGAGGUUUUCCAGACAUUCCUGCAGUCCCAGGAUGCUAUAGAAAAAUUUAUCCUACACUCAGACAAAGCUCUCACUGCUGGAGUGAAGGCCAUAGCAGCUGAGCGGGCUGCAAAGAAAGCAGCUGAGAAGGAGCGGGAGGUGCUAAGACAGCAACAGAGGGAGCAGCAGCAAAAGAUGGAGGCCCAAGAGAAAAGCUACAAGGAAAAUAUGGCUAAACUACAGGAGAAGAUGGAAAGGGAAAGAGAGAAUCUGAUCAGAGAUCAGGAAAAGAAGCUGGAACACAAGCUGAAGAUUCAAGAAGAAAUGCUUAAGGAAAGUUUUAAAAGGGAAUAUGUACAUAUGGAUACCAAGAUUCGUUCACUGACAAAGGAGAUUGAAACAAUCGAAAAAAAGUGUGCUGAAAAACCCAAGAAAGAGGAUCUAUGGGGUGCAACGUUUGGUGGUUUUUACAUCAGUGUCAACAAAACAGAAUAGACUCAGGAUUUCUAUUAGGAGGUAAUAAAGAAGCCAUUCUUUUGUCUGAAUCUUAAUUUUCAAAUUGAUAUCAUGCUACUGUUUAAAAAGAUGAAAACAAAAAGGGGACACAGGAAUGGAGGGAUGGUGAGCAAAUGUAGUUAUGUUUUAACAAACAUUAUAUUAAAAAUGAAUGAUGUACUUUUGGGUAGGGACCAGAGGAAAAAAUAAGGGGAAAGUGAGAGAAGGGUGGACAUUACCCAAGAUCCAUUGUACUCAUAAUCCGAAUUGUGGAACUAUAACUGCUUUUUACAACUCCUUAAUAAUAAUAAUAAAUAUUGAGUUUAAAUAUAUCAAAAAACAAAAGCUACAAUGGAAAUGAAAAAAGUAAUGAAUAUAUUAGGGCCUGCUGUAUAAAACCUGAACUUAACAUCAAUCCUAUUAGUGUAACUAAUAAGAUGAUUAGAAGACAUAUUGGAAGAAUUACUAGCC